GUGAGCUCAGCGAGGCUGGCCAGCCCCGGCGUUGGAAGCAAACAAGCCGAGAAACGCGCACCGAGCAGCUCCCGAAGUCCCUCUGCGUCUCCCUUUCCUUCAAGCCCUUCCUCCGGCUGGGAUGGUCUGCUAGGAGGAGGGGAAGCCCCCCGAGCAGCCGAGGGAACAGGGCCCAGGCAGAAAAGCGCUCCGGCAUGGAGUUAAAGAGAUCCAUCUCGGCCAGCAUGGAAGCAGAGAAGCCUCUGAGACGCUAUGGGGCGGUGGAGGAGACGGCAUGGCGAGCCGAGGGGCUAGGGAGAAAUCAGCUUGACAUCAUUUCGAUGGCUGAAACUACCAUGAUGCCUGACGAGAUAGAACUGGAGAUGGCAAAGAUCCAGAGACUCCGGGAAGUCUUAGUCAGGAGAGAAUCGGAGCUCAGGUUUAUGAUGGAUGAUAUCCAGUUAUGUAAGGACAUCAUGAACUUGAAGAAAGAGCUGCAGAAUUUAGUGGCAAUCCCAGAAAAAGAGAAGACAAAGUUGCAGAAGCAAAGGGAAGAUGAAUUGAUUCAGAAGAUCCACAAACUGGUGCAGAAAAGAGACUUCCUUGUUGAUGACGCCGAAGUAGAGAGAUUAAGAGAGAAGGAGGAAGACAAGGAGAUGGCGGAGUUCCUCCGGAUCAAGUUGAAACCCUUAGACAAAGCUGUGCGAUCUCCAACUAGUACGCCAGCAGAGAAGAAGGCGGAGCCCCCUCCUCUUCCUCCAAACAAGCCCACCAUUGCGAAAGCAGGAAUGGCUAUCAUUAAGGAUUGUUGUGGCACCACCCAGUGCGUCAUCAUGUAGCUCCCUCGUCACGGGGCACCGCCUCCCCCCCCCUGCCCCCUACGCACUCAAUCCAACAGACGGAAAAACUGUGGACGGAAGAGGACGUUAAGCAUCCAAAUAUCUUGAUAGUAGAGUUUCCUGUACUGUUUUUUUUACAGUAACUGUCGUGUACUGAAUGUACCUGUCGGUGACUCCUUCACUAUUGCACGGAUCACUCAGUGAGCAUGCCUAAGUUUAAGACAAGGAGUAUAUAUAAUAUAUCCCUCCCUCUAAGUAUAACUGUAUCUUGAGGAGAGGGAAAUACUUGUGUAGGAAAAAAGAGACACAGACAGAUACUGGGGAGAGGGCUCACAGGUAACAGGCAGGCACUUUUUAUCCUUAUAUAUAGAUCUAUGUGUAUAUAAAAUAAUAUGUAUAUGGGGAGGAAGACACCCCCCCCCCCAAACACACACUCUGCCAGCUGUGAAAAAAGAAAAUCAUACCAAGUAAUAUGUAGAAUAGCAAUUUUAAUAGUCUGUGCGUAGAAUAGGAUGCACUUCACACUUCUUUCUGUUGACAAUACAGCAUUUGCUCCCGUGGGCAGAAUAAAAACAUGGCAUGGCAGCUCCUUUUAGCAUCUAACGGAAUAAAUAAAUAUUGUAAAUACGACAAGGCAGUUGAGUCUACCUACAAGCUGCCAACCAGUUACCUGUCAGACUCUUUUAUGCAAGCACGUGCUCUUACAUAAAUUCACUCAGUAAAGCCCGCAGGGAAUUUGGGAGUCUCAGCAGCUCGCCGCAUGUACAAAUACAGUGAGAAACGGCAGGGACAAAUGGCAUGAAAUUGGCAUCACGCAAGUGGCCAUUCAAAGCAAAAUUCAGAGUGUGAAAUCGCCUGUGCUUAAUCUUAAGUGUUUUAUCCAACAGAGUUCUACUCCAGCUCUAAGUCAGUAGCGUUCAGUCAGUUCAAUGGGCUUGCUCCACAUAGGACUAUCAUUGGACUAACUCUGCAGUUUUCAAGACCAUCCCAGUGAUGACGAGUUUCAGCUGGCCUCUUGCUUUUUAAAGAAUGUGGGGUUUCUGCUGUGCAGAGAAGGGCUUUUAAUCCGGCCUUAUUUUUUU